AUGUUUCUUCUCUGCGUUCACUGCUCCUCGCUGAGACCUCCGUGCAGAAGAGAUGACAACUUGUUCAUCACCUCAGCAACCGUUAUUCUCAUAUACGAAUACGUGAUCACAUUCGACCGCGAAGUUCUGUUGUUCUGGAGCAGGAGACUCAGCCCCGCAUCGAUGCUCUUCUUCGUCAAUAGGUAUCUGCCCCUCAUUGGGAACCUCAUGAGUAUCUUCUCGAACAUCCAAAUGUCUGACGAGGUGAACGUAUGCCGUCUUGGUUCGAAUCACGGACACGACUGUAACCUGACGCCGGCUUUCAGUUGUACUAGAUACAUGCAAGUCGCAUCGGCCUUCGACAUCCUCAACCUUGUGCCCAGCGCAAUUUUCUCAUGUUUGAGGACGUUCGCGUUGACACGGUCCAAGCCGCUGGCUGGUUUGGUGCUCGCGCUCUCGAUCGUCCCUUUUGGACUGAACAUGUCCCAGUAUGGCUUCAACAUCAGGGGCCUAGAUGAUUCUUUGAUUGGCUGUACCAACAUACUCACCCGAGUCGCUCAUGUUUUCUCUACAGUCGUCAUCAUCUCACGCUCCUGCACCAUCAUCUCCGACGCCAUUCUUAUCUGGGUCACUUGGAAGACUCUCCCCAGACAAGGGCUUGCCUUCGCAACUCAUAUUAAGGGCUCCGUGCCCUCGUUCUCCUCCAUCCUCAUGAUCAACGGGACGAUCUACUUUGCGGUGCUCCUCAUCCUGAACGUCCUCCACCUCGCCUUCACGCUCUCCUCCGUCUUCAACAACCCCGGCGCACUGACGAGCAACCUUUCGCAGUUCACGCUCCCCCUGACCGCAGUCCUCAUCUCUCGCUUUCUCAUGGGUCUACAAGAAGCCAAUCGCGCCACGGUCAGGGUGGGCGCCGUCAGCGGAGACGACGCGCUCGCGAUGUCGAUGACCUCGGCGGUAGUGUGGGCCGGGGAUCCGGCGUGCAGCUCCGUAGCCCCACGCCGCGAGCCUGGCCCGAAUGAUACGGGCGGGGCCGAAGCUGACAAGUCGUUGGGGAGAUCGGAGGUGGAGCAGGAUGCGACGGGGCAACGUCGGGAAAGACACCGCGGGUGA